AUGGUUGAAUUUAGCCAAGAAGAGGUAAUUAUUAUAGCACUAAUACUUGACAAAGAAGAAGAAGAAAAUAAAUCUAAAAUAAGUAUUACAAAUAAGCAAAAAAGAAUUGUGUGGGUUCAUGAUCUGUGGAAAAAAAGGAAAACCGAAGGCGAAUUUACUUUGUAUAACGGUCUAAUUGAUGAUGAACAAAAGUUCUAUGAAUAUUUCCGUAUGUCUCAAUACACUUUUAAUGUCUUACAUAAAAAGUUGGAAAAUUUAAUAACAAAGCAGGAAACUCAUUGGAGAAAACCUAUACCGCCAAAGGAAAGAUUAGCUGUAUGCUUAAGGUAA